AUGCAAUUUAUGCGAUUUUGGAUCUGCUAAUACUCAAAGAAUUAAUUUUUACAUUUUUAAUUUAUUUAGCUCAGUCAAAUAAGAGAGUUUGAUUUGGUAAUUUAUGAGGAAGAAGAGGAAAAAAUACUACUUUAAUGUAAAAACUUCCUAAAAUGGCUAAACUAUUUUUAAAAAAUGAAUUAGGAGAGAAAGCUAAUUUUUAGAUUUUAAUAGUAUGAACUUUGA